CGGCCAAUCACGAUCAGGUGUCCAGUCUCCUUUUAAAUAUUUGUAACGACUUCAAGACUUCUGGACCGGCUAGAAAUUCCCAUCAUCGGACCAUCGGAAGAAAGUACAAGAACCUCUUUUCUUGCCCUAUUUCAUUUUCACCAAGGGACUGAUUAUGUCCUGGCACACACGAGUAACUCAGGGUAAUUCCGAGAAUUUGGGAGGAAAUGUCGUUCGAACCAAGAAAGCAGUUACAGCCAACACCCUUGGGGUUAAGCGCUCUGCUUUGGGAGAGAUUGGUAAUAAAGUAGUGUCGCGCUCCAACUCUACUGUAACAACAAAGCCGGGAGCACUAACAAAAGAUAUUGUUAAACCUGUUCAACGAUCUGCGUCAGUAAGGAGUAUUACAACAGUUAAGGCUCCUAAAGAAGAUUUUGUGAAGCCUCUCCCUAAAAUUAAUGUGACAAACAGAGUGAAACGGACAUUCAGCAACACUUCAGUGGCAUCUGUUGUACUGACUUCACACAGAGCUGAAGCUGUUGAAGAAGCUGAACCUGCCACAGCCAAAACCCAUGACUUUGAAGACGUUGAUAAGGCUGAUGAAAGUAAUCCCUUGUUGGUCGCUAACUAUGCUUUUGAAAUUUACGAGUAUCUUUUAUCUCUUGAAGACAAAUUUCCAAUCAAGGAAAACUUUUUGGAAGGUCAGCAAGUUGCCCCUCGUAUGCGUACAGUCUUAGUAGACUGGCUUGUUGAUGUUCAAUUACAAUACCAUUUGCUCCAGGAGACACUUUAUCUAGCUGUUCAGAUUUUAGAUAGAUACCUGCAGGCUGUACCUAAUGUAGCAAAGAAGUAUCUUCAGUUAGUGGGUGUAGCUGCUAUGUAUGUGGCCAGCAAAUAUGAAGAGGUUUACAUGCCAGAUAUAAGUGAUUUUGUGUUCAUUACUGAUAGUGCCUAUACAAAACAGCAGCUUUUAGCCAUGGAAGUUCAGAUUGUGAAAGCUUUGGAAUUUCAAUUUUCACGACCCAUCUCUCUUACUUUUUUGAGGCGCUAUAGUAAAGUUGUCGAGGCUCACCCUAUGCAUCAUUGCUUCUCAAAGUACUUCUUGGAGCUUGCAAUGUUGGAGUACUCACUUUGUCAUGUAAGGCCAUCACUGACUGCUGCAGCUGCCCUUUAUAUCUCGCUUUGCCUUUAUGAAUUGAAUGACAAGAAGGGACCUGACCACUGGGAUGCCAAAAUGGUCCAUUACUCUUCCUACACACUGACUGAUAUUAAACCCGUUGCUCAAACACUGGCUGCUGUGAUUGAAAAGGCUUCAACUUCAAAGUUUGAGGCUGUCAGAAAGAAAUAUUCCAGCUCCAAAAUGAUGAAAGUCUCCCUGCGACAAGAGUUGAGUUCAGAAACUUUGAAAUCCAUUGCGCAAGGCAUCAGCCCAUUCUAAUAAUUUUUAGUCAUGUAUGUAUGUGUGUUUGUUGAUUUUCUGACAGUUUUCUAAAUUGUGUGUGAUAAUGUCUCAUGUUAAGUGUUCUCUGUAAAGUUAAAUCCAUCCCUCAGUUACUGAAGCUAGACUGAGUUUAAUGUAAGUUUGACAUAAUUAAUUUUCCAUUAGUUGGUGCAUGUGCGCCUCUUUAAAUUUCCGAGUGCCUUGAUCUUUUGUAAUGUAUUUUUAAAAAUCACAUGACAGUUUGUAAAUUUUGUGCAUUGACCAUUAACCCAUUCUAUCAAUUCUGGACUUAUUCUGCACUUGAUAUUGAUAUUUGUAUUUUCCACAUGGCAUGAUCUCAAUCAAUGUUAGCUAUGUUAAUGAGGUCCCAGGCUUGAUCAAGAGCUGGUAAAAUGGAGACGACUUAAUAUUAGGAUUGGUUCAGACCUUUAUUCUGAAAGUGAAAUAUCUUUUUAAAUGUGAUGUUUCUGUAAAGAAAAUUAUGUAAUUUAUUAGAAGGCGGCAUUGUCUUCCCAUUUUAAAAAAAUUAAAUGGUUUUAUACUCAUUUUAUGAAAGCUGUUGGGUGUAGUUAUUUUAUACAUUUUUAUUUCUUUCCAUUAUUUAGCAUUAUCCUUAAACCCUUGUAGCCUGUACUAACUUGCUGUGUCAAUUCUGGAGAUUUGUAAAUAGUAGAAGUAAGAUUUUGUGAGGAUUGAUACUUAAGCAGUAACCACAGUUUCUUGUGGUGGAAAUUCCGUAACUAUGGAACGAUGGUUGUUAGUCAUAAUUCUCUAUAAUUGCCUGCCUGAACUUCUAAGAUGAUCUGCAGUGGAUUGUAUUGUAAAUUACUUGAAUGGUAUUAAAAGUCUGAACCCUA